GGGGGCCGCCAUCUUGGGCCUUACCCAGGGCACAGCGCGCGCAGGGCCUGCCCUGGGCUCCGCCUCCCGCGGCCACAACCCCCACCCACGGAUUUCAGCGCACUGAGGUUUGAACGCAGUCCCACUUCCGGUCUGCUCUAUCGCGCCGGAAGUACGGGGGUUCUAGUUCAUGGUUGUGUAGGACUCUCCAAAUCGAGAUUCUAAGAUGCACCCUUUGCUGUUUCCUUGGGCGACCCUCAGCGGCGAGAGAGCAGAAGGCCUGAAACCCGGAAGUUCCUUUAUCCGCACCUCAAGGCAAUUGUGCGUCGUAAUUUAUAUCUCCCCUUGCCACAGGGUAGGAGCGCUAAGAUUCGGGAGGGAGGGGCCUGCAGGCCGUCGGUAGGCGGAGACGGUAGGAUCUGCUCUAGAGUUUAGGCCUGGGCGGGGCUGAGCGGGGCAGGGCCGCCUGCCUGAGGAAGCCUAGGCCCCGCCCCUAGAAGAUACUCCCACGCCGUGAUUGGCCAGCUCCCGCGGAGGCCGCCGCUAUUGGUUUUCUGGCGGCCGUUGAGAUUCGAACUUGGGGACGUUGGUGGCGCGCGGCGCUGCUAGUGCAGGUUAGAACUUCGCGGAUCGGGAAUUGGCUGUCGCGGUGCCCGCGCCUCGCUGAUUGGAGCGCGCUGUGCGUCUGGUUUCCCCGCGUCCAGCCCCAGCGCCGAGUCUGGAGCGGCCGCGCCGCAUUCUGUCUGCCCCUGGGAAGCAGUGGGAGGAAGAUGUCACCCCAGCUGUUUGAGUUCCACUUGCCCUUAUCCCCAGCCGAACUGUUGAAGAAUGGAGGGAGGAAUAAGUAUGUUGUGCAGGAGGUACUGUCCAUCAGGCAUCUUCCCACACAGCUCAGAGCAUUUCAGGCUGCCUUCCGAGCACAGGGUCCCUUGGCUAUACUGGAGCAUUUUGAUACUAUCUACAGCAUUUUACAUCACUUUCGAAGUAUAGAUUCUGACCUCAAGGAAGAAACUCUGGAAUUCCUGAUCAAAGUGGUUUCCCGUCACUCCCAAGAACUCCCAGGUGUGCUAGAUGAUGCCACGUUGAGCAUGUCGGAUAGAAGUGCCCACCUGAAUGCCCUCAAAAUGAACUGCUAUGCCCUGAUACGCCUUUUGGAAUCCUUUGAGACCAUGAGCAGCCAGAUCAUGGACUUGGAACUCGGUGGGAAGGGUAAGAAAUCCCGAGCCAAAGCAGCUCAUGGCUUUGAUUGGGAAGAAGAGAGGCAACCAAUUCUCCAGCUUUUAACGCAGCUGCUCCAGCUGGACAUUCGUCACCUGUGGAACCACUCAAUAAUUGAAGAGGAAUUUGUCAGUCUGGUCACUGGCUGCUGUUACCGCCUCCUGGAGAACCCUACCAUAAAUCACCAGAAGAACCGCCCCACCCGGGAAGCCAUCGCACACCUUCUGGGUGUAGCUUUGACACGUUACAACCAUCUGCUCAGUGCGACUGUGAAGAUCACCCAGAUGCUGCAGCACUAUGAGCACUUGGCACCUGUACUGGUCGCAGCUGUCAGCCUAUGGGCCACUGACUUUGGAAUGAAGAGCAUCGUGGGAGAGAUCGUAAGAGAAAUUGGACAGAAGUGUCCCCAGGAGCUGAGUCGGGACCCUGCAGGAACAAAAGGCUUUGCAGCUUUCCUGACUGAGCUGGCAGAACGCAUCCCUGCGGUCCUGAUGAGCAGCAUGUGCAUUUUGCUAGAUCACCUGGAUGGCGAGAACUACAUGAUGCGCAAUGCAGUACUAGCAGCCAUGGCAGAGAUGAUCCUGCAGGUUCUGAAUGGUGAUCAGCUGGAAGAAGCAGCACGGGACACCAGAGACCAGUUCUUAGACACCUUGCAAGCCCACGGCCAUGAUGUCAACUCCUUCGUGCGGAGUCGUGUUUUGCAGCUCUUUACCAGAAUCGUCCAGCAGAAGGUUCUGCCCCUCACACGUUUCCAGGCAGUGGUGGCCUUGGCAGUGGGCCGUCUGGAAGACAAAUCAGUGCUGGUGUGCAAAAAUGCCAUCCAGCUGCUGGCCAGCUUCCUCACCAAUAACCCCUUCUCCUCCAAGCUCAGCGAUACAGACCUUGCUGGGCCACUGCAGAAGGAAACCCAGAAACUACAGGACAUGAGGGCCCAGAGGCGAGCCACCACCACCUCGGCUGAGCUAGACCCAGAGGAGGAAUGGGAAGCCAUGCUGCCAGAGCUGAAGUCAACACUGCAGCAGCUGCUGGCGCUUCCCCAGGACGAGGAGGAGCCUUCUCUGGAAAUCGCUGAAAAGGAAACCAUAGAAGACAUGAAAGGCCGUAUCCAUCAGCUGCUUGCCAAAGCUAAGUACAAGCAAGCCAUUGCUCUCACUCAACAAACCAUAAGCCGAUUUCCAGAGUCUGAACCCUUCAGUAAUGUGGUCCCAGAGGAGCCAGAGGAGACCAAAUUCCUGUCUCUCUUGGAAACUAUCUUCAAAGGCCCUGCAGCAACCACACAGGAGAAGAACCCCCCCACAUCAGCAGGGAGCAAGGGCCCAGGACUGAGUGAGUGUAAAGACAAGCCCUCACUACCUGGGAGGUCCAGGGACGAUGAAGAGCUUGUGAAGCAGGAGAUGCUGGUGCAAUACCUGCAAGAUGCCUACAGCUUCUCUGUGAAGAUCACACAAGCCAUCAGCAUCAUCAACAAGAUGAUGUAUGAAAACACAACGUCAGUGGUGCAGGAGGUGAUCGAAUUUUUCGUGAUGGUGUCCCAGUUCGGGCUGCCCCAGGCCCUGCAUGGAGUCCGCCGCAUGCUGCCGCUCAUCUGGUCCAAGGAGCCUGGUGUCCGGGAAGCUGUGCUCAAUGCUUACCGCCAGCUUUACCUCAGCCCUAAAGGGGACUCUGCCAGAGCUAAGGCCCAGACUUUGAUUCAGAAUCUCUCUUUGCUGCUAGUGAACGCUUCAGUUGGGACCGUUCAAUGUCUGGAGGAAAUCCUCUGUGAGUUUGUGCAGAAGGAUGAACUGAAACCCGCAGUGACCCAGGUGCUGUGGGAGCGCGCAACAGGGAAGGUCCCCUGCUCCCCUCUGGAGCGCUGUUCUUCCGUCAUGCUCCUCGGGAUGAUGGCACGAGGAAAGCCAGAGAUUGUGGGGAGCAACCUGGACCUACUGGUAGACAUAGGCCUGGAGAAAAGAUGUCCCCAGGAUUACAGACUGGCCCAGCAGGUGUGCCAGGCCAUCACCAGCAUUUCUGACAGGAGAAAGCAGCCUUCUCUGGGGAAAAGCCAGCCUCCCUUCCGGCUGCCUCAGGAGCACAGGCUGUUUGAGCGACUGCAGGACGUGGUCACACAAGGGUUUGUCCACCCAGACCCGCUCUGGAUCCCAUUCAAAGAGGUGGCAGUGGCCCUUAUUUACCAGCUGGCAGAGGGCCCCGAGCUGAUCUGUGCCCAGAUGCUACAGAGCUGUGCGAAGCAGGCCCUGGACAAGCUGGAGAAGAGCUCAACCCAGCAGGACCAGAAAGAAGCCCGUGUCCUCACCUUGCUGCUGAUGAACCUGCUGGCGUUGGCGGGGGAUGUAGCUCUGCAGCAGAUGGUCCACUUGGAGCAGGCAGUGAGCGGCGAGCUCUGUCGGCGCCGGGUGCUGCGUGAGGAGCAGGAACAAAAGACAAAAGAGCCCAAAGAGAAGAAUACAGGUUCCGAGACCACUAUGGAGGAGGAGAUGGGGCUGGUAGGCGCCACUGCUGAUGACACAGAGGCAGAGCUAAUACGAGGCAUCUGUGAGAUGGAACUGCUAGAUGGCAAACAGACACUGGCUGCCUUUGUUCCACUUGUGCUUAAAGUCUGCAACAACCCCGGCCUCUACAACAGCCCAGAGCUCUCUGCAGCUGCCUCACUGGCCCUUGGCAAGUUCUGCAUGAUCAGUGCCACUUUCUGUGACUCCCAGCUCCGCCUUCUGUUCACCAUGCUGGAAAAGUCCUCUCUCCCCAUCGUCCGCUCUAACCUCAUGAUUGCUACUGGUGACCUGGCCAUCCGUUUCCCUAACCUCGUGGACCCCUGGACGCCCCAUCUGUACGCUCGCCUUCGGGACCCAGCACAGCAAGUUCGGAAGACAGCAGGACUGGUGAUGACCCAGCUGAUCCUGAAGGACAUGGUGAAGGUCAAGGGGCAGGUGAGUGAGAUGGCCGUGCUGCUCAUCGAUCCUGUGUCCGAGAUCUCUGCACUGGCCAAGACCUUCUUCACUGAGCUCUCCCACAAGGGCAACACCAUCUAUAAUCUCCUUCCAGAUAUUAUCAGCCGCCUGUCAGACCCCGAGGGCGGGGUGGAGGAAGAGCCUUUCCACACCAUCAUGAAGCAGCUCCUCUCCUACAUCACCAAGGAUAAGCAGACAGAGAGCCUAGUGGAGAAACUGUGCCAGCGCUUCCGCACAGCACGAACCGAGCGGCAGUACCGGGACUUAGCCUACUGUGUGUCCCAGCUGCCCCUUACAGAGCGAGGUCUCCGUAAGAUGCUGGACAACUUUGAUUGCUUUGGAGAUAAGCUGUCAGAUGAGUCAGUCUUCAGUGCUUUCCUUUCCGUUGUGAGCAAGCUGCGCCGAGGGGCCAAGCCGGAGGGCAAGGCUAUGAUAGAUGAAUUUGAGCAGAAGCUCCGGACCUGUCACACCAGAGGGCUGGAUGCAGUAGAGGAACUUGAGGCUGGCCAAGGGGACAGCCAGAAAGCCCUGUCAACUAAGAAACAGCCAGCUGCCUCCCGUCGGCAGCAACAGCGCUUGGCCUCUGCAGCCUCCUCUGACAAUGAUUUUGUGACACCGGAGCCCUGCCGCCGUACUUCCCGGCGGCCUCUAAACACCCUGCAGCGGCUCUCCAAGAAGAAACCCAAAAUUGUCUUCUCAAGUGAUGAGUCCAGUGAGGAAGACCUUUCAGCAGAGAUGACAGAAGACGAGACGCCCAAGAAGACUACUCCCAUCCGCCGAGUGUCUGCGCGAAGGCUGAGAUCCUAGAAGGCCACCUACCCUCUCUCCUCUCCCUGCUAUGUAGGGCACCUUGUGGGGUGGCCUUGAAUGUCUUUCCCUCUGUGAAUACUUGUUUGUAUGUUUCCUGGUUUUUAAUAUAUAAAUAACCUUUGCGACAUAAGGCCUUUCUUUGACUGAGCUGGCUGAGCCUCACGGAGCUGCUUCCCACCUGUGUCUGCCUGGCUGCUUAGUGCUUUCUUUCACUUCUAGACCAUGUUACUUGACCUGUCUUUAUUUUGCCUUUAUAUAUAUUUAUUUUAUCUUC